UUGGCUAUUUUCUAGUGUCCUUGGAGUAGAGGAUCGAGGUACACGAGCCCCUAUAAAAAUCCCACGUUGGUAGACAAUUAUUAACACCAACUCUCUCAGUCUCUCCGCUAAUCUACGCUACAGCUGUUGCAUCUCCGUACUAUCCACAUGUCAAACUCCGAUGGUAUCCACUCUCAUCAUCAUGUAGCUCUUCUCCCCAGUUCUGGAAUGGGUCAUCUGAUACCUUUUCUUCGUCUUGCUGCCUCCCUUGUCCACUGCCAUUGUCAACUCACUUUGAUCACCUUAGAUCCCGUUGUCUCCUUUGCUGAAUCUCAACUCAUCUCUCGUUUCCUCUCUGCCUUUCCUCAAGUUACCGAGAAGAGGUUUACUCUCCUCCCUCUUGAUCCAGCAACAGCCGAUUGUACCGACCCUUUUGCGCUCCAUUGGGAAACUAUUCGCCGGUCAGCACACCUUCUCUCUCCUCUCAUCUCCUCGCUAUCUUCACCUCUCUCACUGAUUAUCACUGAUAUAGUCUUGAUGUCGUCCGUCAUUCCAAUCACAGCAAAUCUGUGUCUCCCUAACUAUAUGCUCUUCACAUCAUCAGCCCGAAUGUUCUCCCUUUUGGCGUACUUGCCUUCAAUUGCUGUGGAUCAUGGUUCUUUUCAAUUUGGCAACGUAAUUGAAAUUCCUGGCAUUCCACCAAUACCCAGAUCGUCAUUAUCUCCACUACUUUUAAACUCAAAUACUCUAUUUGCCAAAAUUUUUUCAGACAACAGUCAGACAAUCUCUAAAGUCAACGGGGUUUUGAUUAACACAUUUGAAGAGCUAGAAGAACAAUCUCUCCAUACGCUUACUGGUGCAAAAGUACUUGAAGAAUUGCCACCAGUGUUUGCCGUUGGACCUCUUUUGCCCUGUGAGUUCGAGGGUCAAGAAUCUCCUGCCGCUUUAAAGUGGCUAGAGGAACAAAAGGAAGGGUCAGUGGUAUAUGUUAGCUUUGGAAGUAGGACAGCCACGUCAAAGGAGCAAAUAAGAGAGUUAGGAAUGGGGCUAGUAUUGAGUGGGUGUAAAUUCUUGUGGGUGGUGAAGACUAAGAUAGUUGACAAAGAGGAAGAAGACGGUUUGGAUGAGAUACUGGGACAUGAUCUAAUGCAGAGGAUUACGAGUAGUAACAGUGGUUUGGUUGUAAAAGAAUGGGUGAAUCAAUGGGAAAUACUAAGUCACAAGGCUGUUGGUGGGUUCGUGAGCCAUUGCGGAUGGAAUUCAGUGGUGGAAGCUGCCUUGUAUGGAGUGCCUUUGCUGGCAUGGCCACAACGUAUGUUUGGUGAUCAGAGGAUUAAUGUAGAGGUGAUUGAAGCGAUUGGAUUGGGCCUGUGUGUGAAGAGUUGGAAGUGGGGCGAGGAUGUUGUGUUGAAGGGAGAGGAAAUCGGAGACAAAAUUAAAGACCUGAUGUCGAGUGAAUCGUUAAAACUGGAAGCUGCAAGAAUCAGUCAAGAGGCAAAGAAAGCUGUUGGGGUUGAUGGAAGUUGCCAGGAUACGUUGAAGAAGCUGUUGCAAAGCUGGAAGAAGUCUGAGUGAGCUCAUGGACUCAUUUUUCUGAUAAUUAGCAUCUUCUCUGCAUAGUUGUUAAUGUUACAUGUAUAAUGUAAUUGGCGUCUCUAACCUUUAGCCUAGUGGUUAAAAAUAUUUUAGGGACAUCAAGAACUUGUUUGAAAUUAAAUCUUUUUUUAUUAGUAUUU